AUGUCUGGUAGAGGUAAAGGUGGUAAAGGUCUAGGUAAAGGUGGUGCUAAACGUCACAGAAAGAUUCUUAGAGAUAACAUUCAGGGUAUCACAAAGCCUGCCAUCAGAAGACUGGCAAGAAGGGGUGGUGUUAAGCGUAUCUCAGGUCUAAUCUACGAAGAAGUCAGAGCCGUCUUGAAGACCUUCUUGGAAAGUGUUAUCAGAGAUGCUGUUACAUACACAGAACACGCAAAGAGAAAGACCGUUACAUCUUUGGAUGUGGUCUAUGCCUUGAAGAGACAAGGUAGAACCUUGUAUGGUUUCGGUGGUUAA